GUCAUUACGUGAAAAUAGGUAAAAGAAAAAUAAAAUAUAAUUUUUUACAUAUUUUUCAGGAUUUUGUAAUAACAAUAAAAAAUCAUAAAUUGCAGUUAUUUGGAUGAUAGAAUAGGUAAUUAUAUAUUAUGGCUGAUAAUCCGAGCAGUGACGGGCUUUCUGAAGCUGAAAGGUUGCGAGAAGAAGAAUUAGCUCAGGAGUUGGAACACAGUGACUCUAAUGAAGAGGAUUCGCAAGAAAUAUCUCUUGAAAUUGAAGAGAAGUUGUUGAAGGAUGAGCCAGAGUAUACUACUCUUGUAAAUUAUGGAGAAAGCAUACCAAGCACAACCAUUGAGAGUGAGAUUGUUGAAACUUACUCUGACAGUUCUCAGAAUGUGGAGACAGUGCAUAGGGCAGAUGAACUCGGAAAUAUUUAUACAGACAAUUCUGAUAACUUCUUAAGCUCUCAGCCUGAUACACUGACUGAAGUGACAGACCAAUAUGAACCAUACAUCAACGAAUACUCGUUUGAUAACUCUCAUCUCAUUGACCCUACACAAACAGAAAAUAACGAGAAAUAUGAUGUCAAUGAUACUUUGAAUAAAGAUACCAUUGUGAUGCCAGAUAUUAAUGAAUUUCAACAAAGUGAAACAACAAAUUAUGAAUCUCAGAUGACAGAAGAGAUGUUAAUGAGUGAAAGGGAAAGGGAGAAAAAGAGUAAAAAGGAGCUAGAAGAGGAAGAACGUGAAAAGAUGCAAGUGCUAGUAUCAAAUUUCACAGAAGAGCAGCUAGACAGGUACGAGAUGUAUCGGCGCGCGGCGUUCCCCAAGGCGGCAGUGAAGCGGUUGAUGCAGACUAUUACUGGAUGCUCCGUGGGACAGAAUGUCGUUAUAGCCAUGUCGGGUAUCGCCAAAGUGUUUGUUGGGGAAGUUGUUGAAGAAGCACUGGAAGUUUUGGAGAAAUCAGGUGAAGCUGGUCCUUUGCAGCCCAAACAUCUUAGGGAAGCCUUAAGAAGGUUAAGGAUGAGAGGAGCUAUACCGACGAGGAAAGCCCAUCGGAGUUUUUUUAGGCUUUAGCAAUUUUUAAGACUGUGUCAUCCUGUGUGUACAUACUAACAUGUAAGUGUAAAUUAACGUAAUACUAAGUCAAUUCUACAAUUUCUACUAACGAAUUGAGUAAGCAAUAACAAUUCAACCUUUUUUGUAAUGUUAACUAUCAUGUUGAUGCAAGUACAGUAAAAUUAUCCAUUUUUAUUUUUCAUAGGAAUAGGUUGAUUAAUUGCAAUAUAAUUUUUGUACAAGAA